AUGGAUCCAACAGAAAUGCCUCCUAACACAACAACAGUCAGAGACACCAUGACAGCCAGCUCACCGCCAGAAGGGUCCGGAGACGUGGAUCCAACAGACACACCACCUGACACCACAACAGAAAUGCCUCCUAACACGACAACAGUCAGAGACACAGCGACAGCCAGCUCACCACCGGAGGGGUCCGGAGAUGUGGAUCCAACAGAAGCAGCACGUGACACCACAACGGUCAGAGACACUGCAACAGCCAGCUCACCGCCGGAAGGGUCCGGAGACGUGCAUCCAACAGAAACACCCCUUGACACCACAACAGUCAGAGACACCGUGACAGCCAGCUCAUCGCCAGAAGGGUCCGGAGACGUGGAUCCAACACACACACCCCCUGACACCACAACGGUCAGAGACACCGUGACAGCAAGCUCAUCGUCGGAAGGGUCUGGAGACAUGGAUCCAACAGAAAAGCCUCCUGACACAACAAUGGUCAGAGACACCGUGACAGCCAGCUCACCUUUGGAAGGGUCCGGAGAUGUGGAUCCAACAGAACCACCCCCUGACACCACAACAGUCAGAAGCAAUGUGACAGUCAGCUCACCGCCGGAAGGGUCCGGAGAAGUAGAUCCAACAGAAACACCCACUGACACCACAACUGUCAGAGACAAUGUGACAGUCAGCUCACCGCCGGAAGGGUCCGGAGAAGUAGAUCCAACAGAAACACCCACUGACAUCACAACUGUCAGAGACACUGGGACAGUCAGCUCACCGCCGGAAGGUUCCGGAGACAUGGAUCCAACAGAAACACCCCCUGACACCACAACGGUCAGAGACACAGCGAUAGCCAGCACACCGCCGGAGGGGUCUGGAGACGUGGAUCCAACAGAAACACCCCCUGACACCACAACGGUCAGAGACACCAUGACAGUCAGCUCACCGCCAGAAGGGUCCGGAGAUGUGGAUCCAACAGAAACACCCCCUGACACUACAACGGUCAGAGACACUGUGACAGCCAGCUCACCUUCAGAAGGGUCCGGAGACGUGGAUCCAACAGAAACACCCCCUGACACAACAAUGGUCAGAGACACUGCAACAGCCAGCUCACCACCGGAAGGGUCUGGAGACGUGGAUCCAACAGAAACACCCCCUGACACCACAGCGGUCAGAGACACCGCGACAGCCAGCUCCCCGCCAGAAGGGUCCGGAGACGUAGAUCCAACAGAAACACCCCCUGACAUUACAACGGUCAGAGACACUGUGACAGCCAGCUCCCCAACGGAAGGGUCCGGAGACGAGGAUCCAACAGAAACACCCACUGACACAACAACGGUGAGAGACACUGUGACAGCCAGCUCACCGCCAGAAGGGUCCGGAGAGGUGGAUCCAACAGAAACACCCACUGACACCACAACGGUUAGAGACACUGCAACAGCCAGCUCACCGCCGGAAGGGUCUGGAGACGUGCAUCCAACAGAAACACCCCUUGACACCACAACAGUCAGAGACACCGUGACAGCCAGCUCACCGCCGGAAGGGUCCGGAGACGUGGAUCCAACAUACACACCCCCUGACACCACAACGGUCAGAGACACCAUGACAGCAAGCUCAUCGUCGGAAGGGUCUGGAGACAUGGAUCCAACAGAAAAGCCUCCUAACACCACAACGGUCAGAGACACCGUGACAGCAAGCUCAUCGUCGGAAGGGUCUGGAGACAUGGAUCCAACAGAAAAGCCUCCUAACACAACAAUGGUCAGAGACACCGUGACAGCCAGUUCACCUUUGGAAGGGUCCGGAGAUGUGGAUCCAACAGAAACACCCCCUGACAUCACAACAGUCAGAGACACAGCGACAGCCAGCUCACUACCGGAAGGGUCCGGAGAUGUGGAUCCAACAGAAACAUUCCCUGACACUACAACGGUCAGAGACACUGUGACAGCCAGCUCACCACCAGAAGGGUCUGGAGAUGUGGAUCCAACAGAAAAACCACCUGACGGUACAACGGUCAGAGACACUGCAACAGCCAGCUCACCGCCGGAAGGGUCCGGAGACGUGGAUCCAACAGAAAUAUCCCCUGACACUACAACGGUCAGAGACACCGCAACAGCCAGCUCACCGCCAGAAGGGUCCGGAGACGUGUAUCCAACAGAAACACCACCUGACACCACAACGGUCAGAGACACAGCGACAGCCAGUUCACCACCGGAGGGGUCCGAAGACGUGGAUCCAACAAAAACACCCCCUGACACCACAACGAUCAGAGACAUUGUGACAGCCAGCUCAUCGUCGGAAGGGUCUGGAGACAUGGAUCCAACAGAAGUGCCUCCUAACACAACAACAGUCAGAGACACCGUGACAGCCAGUUCACCUUUGGAAGGGUCCGGAGAUGUGGAUCCAACAGAAACACCCCCUGACAUCACAACAGUCAGAGACACAGCGACAGCCAGCUCACUACCGGAAGGGUCCGGAGGCGUGGAUCCAACAGAAACAUCCCCUGACACUACAACGGUCAGAGAUACUGUGACAGCCACCUCACCGCCAGAAGGGUCUGGAGACGUGGAUCCAACAGAAACACCCCCUGACACAACAACGGUCAGAGACACUGCAACAGCCAGCUCACCGCCAGAAGGGUCCGGAGACGUGUGUCCAACAGAAACACCACCUGACACCACAAUGGUCAGAGACACAGCGACAGCCAGCUCACCACCGGAGGGGUCCGGAGAUGUGGAUCCAACAAAAACACCCCCUGACACCACAACGAUCAGAGACAUUGUGACAGCCAGCUCAUCGUCGGAAGGGUCUGGAGACAUGGAUCCAACAGAAAUGCCUCCUAACACAACAACAGUCAGAGACACCGUGACAGCCAGCUCACCUUUGGAAGGGUCCGGAGAUGUGGAUCCAACAGAAAUACUCCCUGACAUCACAACAGUCAGAGACACAGCAACAGUCAGCUCACAGCCGGAUGGGUCUGGAGAUGUGGAUCCAACAGAAACACCCCUUGACACCACAACAGUCAGAGACACAGCGACAGCCAGCUCACUACCGGAGGGGUCCGGAGACAUGGAUCCAACAGAAACACCCCCUGACACCACAAUUGUCAGAGACACUUCGACAGUCAGCUCACCGUCGGAAGGGUCUGGAGACGUGGAUCCAACAGAAACACCCCCUGACACCACAACAGUCAGAGACACAGCGACAGCCAGCUCACUACCGGAGGGGUCCGGAGACAUGGAUCCAACAGAAACACCCCCUGACACCACAACUGUCAGAGACACUUCGACAGUCAGCUCACCGUCGGAAGGGUCUGGAGACGUGGAUCCAACAGAAACACUGCCUGACACCACAACAUUCAGAGACACUAUGACAGCCAGCUCACCGCCGGAAGGUUCCGGAGACGUGGAUCCAACAGAAACACCCCCUGACACCACAACGAUCAGAGACAUUGUGACAGCCAGCUCAUCGUCGGAAGGGUCUGGAGACAUGGAUCCAACAGAAAUGCCUCCUAACACAACAACAGUCAGAGACACCAUGACAGCCAGCUCACCGCCAGAAGGGUCCGGAGACGUGGAUCCAACAGACACACCACCUGACACCACAACAGAAAUGCCUCCUAACACGACAACAGUCAGAGACACAGCGACAGCCAGCUCACCACCGGAGGGGUCCGGAGAUGUGGAUCCAACAGAAGCAGCACGUGACACCACAACGGUCAGAGACACUGCAACAGCCAGCUCACCGCCGGAAGGGUCCGGAGACGUGCAUCCAACAGAAACACCCCUUGACACCACAACAGUCAGAGACACCGUGACAGCCAGCUCAUCGCCAGAAGGGUCCGGAGACGUGGAUCCAACACACACACCCCCUGACACCACAACGGUCAGAGACACCGUGACAGCAAGCUCAUCGUCGGAAGGGUCUGGAGACAUGGAUCCAACAGAAAAGCCUCCUGACACAACAAUGGUCAGAGACACCGUGACAGCCAGCUCACCUUUGGAAGGGUCCGGAGAUGUGGAUCCAACAGAACCACCCCCUGACACCACAACAGUCAGAAGCAAUGUGACAGUCAGCUCACCGCCGGAAGGGUCCGGAGAAGUAGAUCCAACAGAAACACCCACUGACACCACAACUGUCAGAGACAAUGUGACAGUCAGCUCACCACCGGAAGGGUCCGGAGAAGUAGAUCCAACAGAAACACCCACUGACAUCACAACUGUCAGAGACACUGGGACAGUCAGCUCACCGCCGGAAGGUUCCGGAGACAUGGAUCCAACAGAAACACCCCCUGACACCACAACGGUCAGAGACACAGCGAUAGCCAGCACACCGCCGGAAGGGUCUGGAGACGUGGAUCCAACAGAAACACCCCCUGACACCACAACGGUCAGAGACACCAUGACAGUCAGCUCACCGCCAGAAGGGUCCGGAGAUGUGGAUCCAACAGAAACACCCCCUGACACUACAACGGUCAGAGACACUGUGACAGCCAGCUCACCUUCAGAAGGGUCCGGAGACGUGGAUCCAACAGAAACACCCCCUGACACAACAAUGGUCAGAGACACUGCAACAGCCAGCUCACCACCGGAAGGGUCUGGAGACGUGGAUCCAACAGAAACACCCCCUGACACCACAGCGGUCAGAGACACCGCGACAGCCAGCUCCCCGCCAGAAGGGUCCGGAGACGUAGAUCCAACAGAAACACCCCCUGACAUUACAACGGUCAGAGACACUGUGACAGCCAGCUCCCCACCGGAAGGGUCCGGAGACGAGGAUCCAACAGAAACACCCACUGACACAACAACGGUGAGAGACACUGUGACAGCCAGCUCACCACCGGAAGGGUCUGGAGACGUGGAUCCAACAGAAACACCCCCUGACACAACAACGGUCAGAGAUACUGCAACACCCAGCUCACCGCCAGAAGGGUCCGGAGACGUGGAUCCAACAAAAACACCCCCUGACAUAACAGCAGUCAGAGACACCGCGACAGCCAGCUCCCCGCUGGAAGGGUCCGGAGACUUGGAUCCAACAGAAACACCCCUUGACACAACAACGGUCAGACACACUGUGACAGCCAGCUCCCCGCCGGAAGGAUCCGGAGACGUGGAUCCAACAGAAACACCCCUUGACACAACAACGGUCAGACACACUGUGACAGCCAGCUCACUGCCGGAAGGGUCCGGAGAUGUGGAUCCAACCCUUGUGAUAUCCUCAAGUCCAUAUACAACUUCAAGAGAAUAUACAGAAAGUGCUUCAAGUUCUCCUGUCGACGGUUCUUCACCUACAGAAAUUACUGUACUUCCAACUACAGCAAGUCCAUAUCCCACCACUUCAACAACUAUUGACGCUACCUUGCAUACUACUACCGGGCAUACUGAAACAACAUCAGGUGUGUAG